CUUGCGAUCAGGUGGCAGCCCCAAGGGAAACCGAUUGCUCAGCUCCGAAAACGCCCGAAAAGAAACAAUAAUAGAAACUGUUGAGCCAAUCCGGAAUUUGCGGAAUCCAGUAAAUCCAGUCGCACCGCUAGCGCCAUGUCCACCUUGAACCGCCCCAAGUCCCCGCACACGCCCACCGCCAUCAAGAAGGGCGAGAAGGAGGACAGUUUCUGGGACAAGUUCAGCACUUUGGGUCGCAAACGCGGCACCCGCGAAGUGAAGAAGGUCCAGGAGGAGGGCAAGUACGCCAUCGACUCGCCGGGCUCACCCAACCAGUAUGACAUCCCGCCCGAGGACUACGCCCUGCGCGAGCACGAACAGCGCGCCGUCAUCGAUCCGCAGUCCAUCAAUGAUCCCGAGGUGAUCAAGCUGCAGCGCAUCCUCGUCGACUGGAUCAACGACGAGCUGGCCGAGCAGCGCAUCAUUGUCCAGCAGCUGGACGAGGACAUGUACGACGGCCAGGUGCUGCACAAGCUGUGGGAGAAGCUCACCGGCAAGAAGCUGGACGUGCCGGAGGUCACCCAGUCGGAGCAGGGCCAGCACGAGAAGCUCAACAUCGUCCUGAAGGCCGUCAACCACACACUCGGCUUCCACCAGAAGAUCCCCAAAUGGUCGGUGGCCAGCGUGCACUCCAAGAACAUCGUGGCCAUUCUGCAUCUGCUGGUGGCUCUGGUGCGUCACUUCCGGGCGCCCGUUCGCCUGCCGGAGAACGUGUUUGUGACCGUGGUGAUUGCCGAGAAGAAUGCGGGCGUGCUGAAUGCGCAGAAGUUCCAGGAACAGAUCACCUCCGAGUACGACGACCUGGGCAUGCGUUGCGAGAAGGACGCCUUCGACACGCUGAUCGACUGUGCGCCCGACAAGCUGGCCGUGGUGAAGAAGUCCCUCAUCACGUUCGUGAACAAGCACCUGGCCAAGCUGAACUUCGAGAUCAGCGAUCUCAAUACGGACUUCCGCGACGGCGUCUAUCUGUGCCUUCUCAUGGGACUGCUCGGCGGCUUCUUUGUUCCCCUGCAUGAGUUCCAUUUGACGCCGCAGGACGUCGAUCAGAUGGUCAGCAAUGUGGCCUUCGCCUUCGACCUGAUGCAGGACGUGGGCCUGCCCAAGCCCAAGGCGCGGCCCGAGGACAUUGUCAACAUGGACCUGAAGUCCACCCUGCGCGUCCUCUACAGCCUGUUCACCAUGUUCAGGGACUAUGCCUAAGCUGCGGCCAGUUGAAGCAAGCCGCAAGAAAGCCAGAGGAGCAACAACAGGCGCCAAUUUUACAUUUUAUAUUAACGUUUUUUGUAAUGUUUACACGCUUAAUUUAUGUGCGUUCCAAAGCUUGGCUGUAGAAGGGACGGCAGUUCACCCUCUACGGUCAGCCCAAUGAACGAUUUUAUAUAUAUUUAUAAACAUAUUUGUGUCGUACGUCUAACCACUGCCCUCUGCCCGGACCCAGUUUGUCCGGAGCAGGGCAGAGAAGAGCUAACCCAAACCCAAAACCAAGCCCGGCGGCCAGUUGUUAACUUGUCUUACGUGCCAGACGUAGUAGUUGUUACUAAGUGAAUUUACUGUAUUAAUACACAAUAACCAACCGACAUUGUGCCUUUGGAUCACACCGAGCUUUUGCGAAAUAUGUCACAGAUCAGAUAUCAAACCUGUAAAUGUAGAAGUUUACGGAAAAGUCUUCAAAAAAAUUGUAUUGUGUACGUUAAAAAUUUGGAUUAGAAAAAUCAAUAAAAUAUUGCCAAUAGCA